AUGGUGUGCUGGCGGGACAGGGGCGGCGAGGAUCAGUUUCUAGUGUACUCUGCCUCCAACCUCCUAGUGCUGUUAAAUGAUUGGAUUCUCCGAAAGGAGCUGCAGCCGAGCCUGCCCGUGUCGCUGCCCCAGCAGAAGCUGCUGACCUGGCUGAGCGUGCUAGAAUGUGUGGAGGUCUUUGCAGAGAUGGGGACAGCCAGGGUGUGGGGGGAGAUGGGCCGGUGGACCAUCAUUGUCCUCAUCCAGCUGGCGAAAGCCAUCCUUCGUCUCCUGCUUCUGCUGUGGUACAAAGCUGGCAUCCAGACAUCUCCUCCCAUUGUGCCACUGAACAGAGAGCAGCAGCAGCCUCUCCACACCCAAGACACGGAAGACAACUCCUCAGGGAAGGAUCAGACCUAUGUUGGCAGGCGUUCCAGCCGUGUUGUGCGCUCUCUCCAGAGCACCCCAUCCCUGCAGUCCCGGCACUGGGGGUCCCCCCAGCAGAGGGAGGAGUCGCAGAGCCGAAGAGUGGAGGAGAUGAACCAGCCUCCCACCCCUCUGGGUCUCCAAGAAACCAUCGCAGAAUCCAUCUACGUUACCCGUCCUCUGCUCCACCUACUGAGUUUAGGAGUGUGGGGCCAGAGAUCAUGGAAACCCUGGCUCCUCUCGGCAGUCCUGGACAUCUCUAGUCUGAGCUUGCUGAGCGAUCUGAAAGACCUGAACAAGCGAGAGCGAGCAGAGCUGAGGCGACGAACCAUCCUACUGCUGUACUACCUGCUGAGAUCUCCUUUCUAUGACCGAUACUCAGAGGGCAGGAUCCUCCUCCUCCUGCGCUUGUUGGCUGAUUACGUGCCUGGAGUUGGCUUUGUCACACGGCCACUGAUGGAUUAUUUGCCUGCUUGGCAGAAAAUCUAUUUCUAUAACUGGGGCUGAUGAGAAGAUGAUGCUUAUUCUCUGCUAAGACCACGGCUGUUUCUAAGGAGGGCAAGCAGGCUGGGGGAGGGAUGUUGAUAAUGUCUAAUUUUUCAGUUAAACCAUCAGUGAGAAGCUCCUGUUCUG